AUGGAAAACAGCAGUUUUGGGCUUAAAAAUUUGACUGGAAACUCAACAGACAAGAACGCUGUGGAGGACAAGGGAUUUAAGAUUUUUCUUGCCUGCAUUUUCUUUUCCACCGUCUCAGUGGGUCUCAUUGGAAAUGGGCUGGUCAUAUUUCUGGCCGGCUGCAGAAUGAAAAUGACUUUCAACUCCAUUUGGUUUUUGAAUUUGGCGAUCGCAGACUUCAUCUUUAUUUUAUUUUCGAUCACAAAUGCUUCCUUAACGUUGAGCAAGCAGCACAGUGUUGUCAAGGAAUACUUUCUCUUCAUCGCAACAAGUAUAAAUCUGUUUGCUAGCAUUUGGUCUCUUGUAGUUAUCAGUCUGGAUCGAUGCCUGUGCACAUGGAUGGCCGUUUGGGCUCAAAACAACAGAACUCUGCGUAAAGCCAGAAUCAUCUGCAUUAUCAUCUGGGUUUCAUCCAUCGGCUACAUUUUACCCUACUUCACAGUUUUUAACAUUACAGGUACAAUUCUUGUGACAUAUGGAUUUAUAGUGGUCUUUCUCAUCCCCUUCCUGAUCAUUGCAUCUUCAUACAUCGCUAUUGGAGUAAAAAUCAAUCGCCUCAAAAAGAGGAAGCAGCUCAGGUCAUACAGACUCAUUAUAACUGUAAUCCUGACUUUCUUCAUCUGUUCAUUUCCACACAAUGUUUGCUGGAUUUGGAUGGUAUGGGCAAAAAAUAAUAAUUGGACUCUCACUGAUCAAUUUUGGAAGCUAUUUGUUUUUACUUUCUACCUGAUGAAUCUCAACAGCAGUCUGAACCCAUUUCUCUAUGUGUUCAUGUGUGAUGAUUUCAAGAAGAAGCUGAAACAGUCUCUGGUACUGGUGCUGGAGACGGCAUUUGCUGAAGAUCAUCUGGACAUUAAAGAAAUGAGACACACGAAAAUGAUAAACAGACAAAACAAACCACACUUGAAUUGCUAG